AUGAGUAUACACCAAAAUGGCGCACCCUCAGCUCCAGUCGGAUCACCUGAUCAGCAACCACCUGCACCAGCCGCACCGGAUUCACCGACAGCUCCAGGAGCACCUGCAGCACCAGACGCACCACCACCAGCUUCAGCAACACCAGAUUCGCCUGCCACCACCAAGUCAACUGGACGUCCGAAACCAUCGAGGAGAGGAACAAGAACAGUCCACCCACCCAGAUCACCACCACGUGCUCGUAGUCCUCACGAUCCAACACAUCCAAGGAAAUACCAACGUCCACCACAAGAUGGUAGAAAAUCGGUGCAAAUUCUGAGGUGA